CGGAAAUACACAGCACGCAAGUGAUAAUCUAGAACAGUCUAGUGAAAUAACGGAGUAGUUUGGCAUUGAUUGCUAAUAUUUCCAUGAUCUUCCACAUAUCUAAACAUUACCAAAUAGUUUACAUUCCCGUUGAUCUUGUGGUUAAGCUGAAACAAAAAGAUGACCCAGGACGCGGCGGCAUUGAAGGAAGAAGGGAACAGCCUCUUUAAAACGGGCGAUUUUCAAGGAGCACUGUGCUCUUACACCAAAGCACUGAAACUUUCCGAGAGCAAGUCUGAUAAUGCAAUCCUCUAUCGCAACCGCUCCGCUUGUUACCUGAAGCUGGAAGACUAUUCCAAGGCUGAGACGGAUGCGUCAAUAGCUCUUGAUACCGAUCCAGGUGAUGUCAAAGCAAGGUAUCGUCGUGCGCAGGCGCUACAGAACCUUGGCCGAUUGGAUCAGGCAUUCGUGGACGCGAAGACAUGCGCACAGCUGGAGCCAAAAAACAAAGCAUUCCAGGACCUCCUGCGUCAACUUGGUGCUCAGAUCCAACAAAAGGCAUCACAGCUCUCCUCCACAGAUGCUCGCGUCCAGCAGAUGUUCAAACUCCUGAUUGACAGCUCAACAUCACAGUCAGACAAACAGAAGGCAGCCCAGAACCUGGUAGUCCUCUCCCGUGAGGACGCAGGAGCCGAGCAGAUAUUUCGCAACGAUGGCGUGAAACUCCUCCAGAGGCUCCUUGAGUCCAAGCAGGAGGAAAUUUUGUUGUCUGCCCUCAGAACGCUGGUUGGCUUGUGCACUGGACACCAGUCAAGGACCAUGGCUAUCGUGAAUGAACUUGGCAUGGAGAAGCUGUGUGCGGUCAUGGGCUCCGGGGAGCAGGCCGUGUCCCUGGCUGCGUGCCACCUGCUCCAGGUUAUGUUUGAAGCGCUCACCGAGGGCAUGAAGAAGGACAUCAGAGGGAAAGAUGAGGCCAUCUUGCCAGAACCGUCUCGGGAGCUGCGUUCCAUGAUGCGGCACCUCCUGGAAAUGCUGCCCGCUGCUAGUGUGUCGGGACCCGGCCGAGACAGCGCCAUCAACCUGCUGGUCAAGCAAGUUCCCCGCAAAUCCCAGAGAAACCCAGACAACUCACUCACACUGUGGGUGACAGACCAGGGACUUAAGAACAUUCUGGAAGUAGCAGGAACAGUGGCAGAGAUCGGCAAUGGCCCCCCGCUGACAGACAACUCCCACAUGAGCAGUUCAGUGCUACUCAACAAACUUUACGAUGACCUGAAGAGUGACGCUGAGAGGGAGAACUUCAGCCGCAUCUGUGAAGAAUAUGUGAAGAAUCAUUUUGAGCGCACAAAUCUGGAGUCAAAGCUACGGGCUAUCCAGGCUGUGUCGGUGCUACUGCAGGGGCCUAGUGAUGUGGGCAACCGCACGCUGGAGCUACCUGGCAUGAUGGACGCGGUCAUCGCUCUCUGUGCCUCACAGGACAUCGUCCACCAGCAGGUGGCAGUGGAGACCCUCAUCCACGCGGCUGGCAAGGCUAAGAGGGCCUCGUUCAUCACAGCGAACGGCGUGACACUCCUGAAGGACCUCUACAAGAACAGCGAGAAUGACAGGAUACGUGUCAGGGCACUAGUGGGAUUGUGUAAACUGGGAUCAGCAGGAGGCACCGAUUUCAGCAUGAAGCAAUUUGCUGAAGGCUCCACAUUAAAAUUGGCCAAACAGUGCAGGAAGUGGUUAUGUAACGAGUCGCUACCAGCCACCUCGCGGCGAUGGGCCAUCGAGGGCCUCGCGUACUUGACCUUUGAUGCCGAUGUGAAGGAAGACCUGGUGCAGGACAAGAACGCCCUACAGGCCAUGUUCCACCUGGCUAAGUCUGAGGAUAAGACUGUGCUGUUUGCUAUUGGCUCCACGCUGGUCAACUGCACCAACAGCUACGACGCGGAGAAGCCUGACGCUCAGAUGGUGGAGCUGGCCAAGUAUGCGAAGCAGCAUGUCCCUGAAGAGCAUCCGAAGGACGCUCAAUCUUAUGUGGAGAAGAGGCUGGUGAAGCUGCUGGAGGCUGGAGUGGUGUCCGCAUUGGCAUGUAUGGUCAAGCAGGAGAGCCCAGCCCUCACCGAGUCCUGCAGGGAGUGCAUCGCCAGGGUGUUCCUGGCGUUGGUGGAAAGACAAGAGGACAGGGGAACCGUGGUGGCACAGGGGGGAGGAAAGGCUCUGCUCCCACUUGUCACAGAAAGUACAGACAAGGGCAAGACCAAAGCAGCACAGGCACUGGCCAAAAUCACCAUCACUCACAACCCAGAGAUCGCCUUCCCUGGAGAGAGAAUCUAUGAAGUGGUCCGUCCUCUCGUCAGCCUGCUGCAACUGGAGUGCACUUCGUUGCAAAACUUUGAGGCACUGAUGGCCCUCACCAAUUUGGCUGGCAUCAGCGAGAAACUCAGGCAGAAGAUCAUCAAGGAGAAGGCUGUGCCAAAGGUGGAGGGCUUUAUGUUUGAGGAGCAUGAAAUGGUGCGUGCUGCAGCUACAGAGUGCAUGUGCAACCUGGUCCUCAGCACGGAGGUGCAGAAAUUGUUCCUGGACACGGGGAGUGACCGGCUGAAGCUGCUAGUGCUGUACUCUGGCGAGGAUGACGAGAGGCUUCGCAAGGCUGCAGCUGGCACGCUUGCCAUGUUGACCGCAGAACAGCCUGACUUAUGUGGCCGCAUCCCUGACACGACAAGCCACUGGCUCGAAAUCCUGCAAGCACUGUUGCUAAGUGACAGUCAAGACCUCCGUCACCGCGGCGCCGUGAUCACGAUGAAUCUAAUGGAGGCGGAGCGCGGCCUGGCGGAGAAGUUUAUUGAGAGCGAGGCUCUCGAGAUCCUCUCCGUCAUGGCCAAGGGGGACAACUCAGCUCCCAGCCCCGAGGCUCGUAUCGCUCAGCAAUGUCUUGACCUGGCUGUGGGCUACGGGCUGAUCCAGGCGGGACCCCAAGCAGGAGAGCCCAGGUCCGAGGCGUGACCACCAUAGCUCUCAUGAGAUCUCCAAUGCAGCUCAUGGGGCCUUCAACAGUCCACUAUGACAUAGGAUUUCAAGACAGGUUUUCACUCUGCGUUUUGUCACAUCCCAAUGAAGUAGGCAGGCAGUGCUCAAGAAAACUAGCGUGAAAAGCUGCAGUGUUAUCAAUCCAGUUUGAAGUGAAUUCUAAGAAAUUAUAAGCCUCAACAUUUUUCAUGAACACUACAGUUGCUCCAAGCCACACGCACACCCAAUGUAGUGCAGAAUUAUGUGGUGCCACAUUCCCCACAUUUCCAUCACAGGCAGCUUUUGGACACCAAAUCAGACUAAACGUUUAACACACACCAAACAUUUCCAUCUUAUUUUGUUUUAUGUGAUACUGCAUACUGCAUAGUAUUUAACAUAUGCAUUCCAAAAGCUUUGUUAAUGUCUUAAACAGAAGAAAUAUUGAUAUGUGUAUGCAGUGCAGAGUAGUUUGAAUUUCCACCAGGUUGGGUAUGAUUUUUAUUAUAUGACAAGAGUGAUUUAUUUUGUAUUUAAUCUGCACUGUUGAAUGAUGGUGUGCUGUGCCUUUUUAUGAACACUAAAUGUGUGUACCGUGCACCAAUGCCUGUAUGUAUGAAUUAUUUUUUCAUGGACUACUGCGCAAUAAACAUGUAUUAUUUGA